AUGGCCAUCUCCUCGCGCCUCGCGCUCUGGGAGCAGAAGAUUCGUGACGAGGACCGGGGGCCACCCCCAUCUGCACCCCCCCUGCUCCUGUCGGUCAUCCCGGGGGGGUUCAUCAAGCAGCUCGUGAGGGAGACUGAGCAGGAGGCCAAGGCAGCACGGCGGAGGAAGGAGAACAGGGUGGGCACCAAGGAGGAGCCCGUGGGGAAGGACAGCGAGGCCCGAGGAGGGGGGGCCAGCGAGGGGCCGCUGCAGAACGGGCUGAAGGCAGAGGGGCAGGGGGCCAAGGGGGUCACAGCCCCUCCCCAAAAGGAGCUGUCCCCUGAGAAGGCUGUGCUGGGGACUGUCACCAGCAAAACCCCAGCCUCUGCACCUGGCCCAGCAGCGUCUGCCCCCAAACCAGCAGAGACGCCCCCCAAUAAAGCAGAAACAUCCCGCAGAACAGCAGCACCUGCCCCCAAACCAACGGAGACGCCCCCCAAAAGAGCAGAGACCCCCUGCAAACUGGCAGAGACAUCCUCAAAACCAGCAGGAACAUCCCCCAGAACAGCAGAGGCUUCUUCCAAGCCAUCAGAGACCACCCCCAAACCAGCAGAGACUCCUCGCCCAGGGGCUCCCAAGGUGGGAAAGCCAUUGUGGCUGGGGAAGAGCCCCAAGGACUCCUUACAGGGGGGCAGCCCUCCAACUCCAGCCCCUGCACCCAGCCAGGGCCCCCAGGGUGGCAGCAAAGUCCCUGUGAAGGAAGGGGACGUGCCCAAGGGGACAGCCCUUGACAACACCAAGGAGAAGGGGACAGUCCCUGAGAGCACCAAGAAGGAGAAGGGGACAGUCCUUGACAGCACCAAGGAGAAGGGGACACCCCUGAAGCACAAGGAGCCCCCAGCCAAGGUGAAAGCCCAGACGGAGCUGUUGUCAGCCAGGAAAGAGCAAGAGAAGAUGAAGAAAGAUGUUGGAGGUGGCGAGAAGGAGCCAAGGGAGGUCAAAAAGUCUGAAAAAGCCACAAACAAGUCAGAGGGUCUCAAGGGGCAGCUGGGAGGAAUCCAAGAGAAGUCCACAGAUGUGGGGAAAGAGAUGGGGAAGGUGAAGGAAGAGCUGGGAAAGAGUAAAGAGAUGCUGAAAGAGAGCAAAGGCACUGGCAAGAGCACAGACACGGACCAGGACCAGGAUGAAGAGGCAUCAGGGGAGAGCAUGGACAAGGACCAGGCUCCGAGGGAUGUUUGGUACGAAGCAGAGAAGGUCUGGCUGAUCCAGCAGGACGGAUUCACGCUCGCCACACAGAUGAAACCAGACGUGGGGACACCGGAGCUGCCAGCAGGGAGGGUGAGGGUGCGCCGGGAUGAGGAUGGCACCAUCACCGAGGUGGACGAGGACAGCGUGCAGAGGACCAACCCUCCCAGCCUGGACCAGGCUGAGGAUCUGGCUGCUCUCAUCAGCCUCAACGAGUGCAGUGUCCUGAACACGCUGCGGCAGCGCUUCCGUGCCCACCUGCCCUGCACCUACGCGGGGCCCAGCCUGGUGACCAUCGCCACCGGCCCCGAGCCUGCCGCCGGAGCCGGGAAGGUUCCCAGGGGGAAGCGGGACAACCUUCCCCCGCACAUCUGCUCGCUGGCACACAGAGCCUACAGGAAUCUGCUGAUGCAGCGGCAGGACCAGGCCAUCGUCCCCCUGGGGCACAGCGGGGCAGGCAGGACCCGGUGCUGCCAGAGCGCUCUGGAGUACCUGGUGGGCACGGCAGGCAGCCUGGACGGCAGAGUCUCAGUGGAGAAGAUCCAGGCAAUGUUCACAAUCCUAGGAGCCUUUGGCUCGGUGACCACCAGCCACAGCAGCAGCUCCACACGCUUCUCCAUGGUCCUGUCGCUGGAUUUCAGUGCCACUGGCCAGGUCACUGCUGCUCACCUCCAGACCUUGCUGCUGGAGAGGGCCCGUGUUGCCCAGCAGCCCGAAGGAGAGAGCAGCUUCAACAUCUUCCCACUGCUGCUGGCAGGGCUGGAUGUGGCAGAGAGGACGAUGCUGCAUCUGCACCAGGUGGCUGAGAGCAAUUCCUUUGGAAUCAAACCAUUCACAAAGCCUGAGGACAAGCAGAGAGCCUCAGUGACCUUCCACCAGCUCCGGGCUGCCAUGGGCACGCUGGGCAUCACCACAGAGGAGCAGAUGGCUGUGUGGCGUAUCCUGGCUGGAAUCUACCACCUGGGAGCUGCUGGAGCCUGCAGAGUUGGCAGGAAGCAGUUCCUGAGGUUUGAGAGUGCCAGCCGUGCUGCAGAGGUGCUGGGCUGUGACGUGGAGGAGCUGGGCACUGCUGUCUUCAAACACCACCUGAGGCACAUCCUGGCACAGGUGACAGCACGGGGCCGGUCCCAAGCAGAGGAGAGCCCACCAGGGCCAAAGCUGACAGGAGUGGAGUGUGUGCAGGGAAUGGCCUCGGGGCUCUACGAGGAGCUUUUUGCUGCUGUGGUCUCGCUCAUCAACAGGUCCUUUUCCUCCCAGCACCUCUCCAUGGCCUCCAUCGCCGUGGUGGACACCCCUGGCUUCCAGAGCCCGCGGCAGCAGAGGAGCGAGCGAGCGGCCACCUUCGAGGAGCUGUGCCACAACUACGUCCAGGAGAGGCUGCAGGGGCUCUUCUAUGAGAAAACCUUCCUGAGGGAAAUGGAGAGGUACAAAGAGGAAAAUGUUGAGGUGUCUUUUGAUCUUCCAGAGCACUCCCCACUGGCCACACUGUCCAUCAUAGACCUGAGCUGCUCCCAGCCUCAGGUGCUCUCGGGCAGCCCUGGGGCCGCUCGCCGGGGGCUGCUGUGGAUCCUGGAUGAGGAGGUGCUGAUCCCAGGCUCCGGGGAUGGCACUGCCUUCGAGCGCCUCUGCUCCUACUUCGCCACCAAGGGACCCGACCAGGAGGGUGAUGGACACCUGCGCAGGUGUGAGCAGACACUGCACUUCGAGAUCUGCCACCAGCUGGGCACGGCCCCUGUGCGCUACGACCUCACGGGCUGGGUCAGCAAGGCCAAGUUCAACCUCUCAGCCCAGAAUGCCAUCCAGGUGCUGCAGAAUUCCACGGUAGCCACGGUUCGGGAACUGGUGCAGCCACGGGCGAGAGCUCCGCUGUCCUGCCGAGCCCUGGCCGGGCUGGCCGGGCGCUCCCAGGCUGCCCUGCACCGCAACGCCUGCCUGAGGAAAACCUUCGCCAGCAGCUUCGCUGCCGUGAGGAAGAGGUCGGUGUGUGCCCAGAUCAAGCUGCAGGCGGAUGCCCUCACCAACCUUCUCCGACGGUCCCAGCUGCACUUUGUCCACUGCCUCCUCCCAGGGAUGGGCAGGGAAGGGCCGGUCCCUCGGUCCCCAGCGCCGCCAGAUGCAGCCCCACAGCUGGAUGUGGUGGCCCUGAGGACACAGCUGGAGGGGACCCAGCUCCUGGAUGCCCUGCGCCUCCACCGUGUUGGGUAUUCGGAUCGGCUGCUCCUCACCCAGUUCUGCAGGCGCUUCCAGGUGCUGGCUCCAGAGGUGAUGAAGAAGCACAGCUCUGCCUAUGAGGUGCCAGAUGAGAGCAAGGCUAUUGAGGCGCUGUUCCAGGCACUGGAUCUGGAGAAGAAGAGUGUUGCCAUGGGGCGCACCCAGGUGUUCCUGAAGUCAGGAGUCAUCUCCAGGCUGGAGAAGCAACGGGACAAGCUGAUAGCCCAGAAGAUGACUCUGCUCCAGGCUGCCUGCAAGGGCUUCCUCAGCCGCCAAAAAUUCAAGAGAUUGAAGAUCCAGCGCCUCGCCAUCCGCUGCAUCCAGAAGAACCUGGUGGUGUUCCAGGCAGUCAGGCACUGGCCCUGGUGGCAGCUGCUGAGCCACGUGCGGCCCCUGCUCAGCGUUAACCUCACCGAGGAGCAGCUCCGUGCUAAGGAAGAGGAGCUGGCGGCGCUGAGAAGGAAGCUGGAAAAAUCUGAGCAGGCAUGCAGCGAGCUCAGACAGACUACAGAGAGUCUGGAGAGCAAGAUCAUCGACCUGACCACGGAGCUGUCGGACGAGCGGUACAAGGGCGAUGUCACCUGCCAGGCCCUGGAUGGGGAGCGGGCGGAGCGGCUGCGGGGCACCCGCGAGCUGCAGGAGCUGCAGAGCAAACAUGACCAAGUGCAGAAGAAACUGGAGUUGGUGGAGAAGCAGCUGGAAGAGGCCCAGCAGCUGGUGCAGCUGCGUGAGAUGAAGAUAAGUGGCUCUGGAGGAGAGGACGAGUGGCAGGUGAGGUUUGACUGUGCCCAGACCGAGAUUGUUUUCCUGCGGAAGCGUCUGGCACAGCUGGAGGAGCGGCUGGAGGCAGAGCUGGGCACCAGGACAGGGCUCGAGCAAAAGCUGGCCGAGGCGCAGGCUGCGUGCCAGGCGGCGCGGGACGGGGCGCAGCGGCUGCGGCGGCGGUGCCAGCGCUUGGGCUGCGAGCUGGAGGAUGCCCGGGUGCUGGCUGAGAACCAGCAGAGCCGCAGCCACGAGCUGGAGAAAAGGCAGAAGAAGUUUGACCUGCAGUUAGCCCAGGCCCUGGGGCAAUCUGCCUUUGAGAAGAGCCUCCGUGAGAAGCUGUCCCAGGAGAACACGAGCAUCCGCUGGGAGAUGGGCAAACUCCAGCAGAGCCUGGAGCACAAGGAGGCCGAGGUGGCCAGGCUGGAGCAGCAGGUGGCUGUGCUGGCUGGCCAAGUGAAGGAGCUCAGCAACCCUGGGGCCACGGACACGGUGCCUGCACUCAAGAAGAAGCUCUGGGACCUGGAGGGCAGCGCUGCUGAGCAGAAGAAGGAGCUGGAGCAGCAAACAGCUGCUGUUGAUCACCUGGAGCAGGUCCACGAGAGGCUGGAGCUGGAGAUUGAGAGGAUGAAACAGAUCCACCAAAAGGAGCUGGAGGACAAGGACGAGGAGCUGGAGGACAUGCAGAAGUCCUGCCAGAAGAGGCUCCGGCAGCUGGAGAUGCAGCUGGAGCAGGAGCAUGAGCAGAAGCAGAUGGUGCUGCAUGAGAAGCAGGACCUGGAAGGGCUCAUUGGCACCUUGUGUGAGCAGAUCGGCCACCGCGACUUCGACGUGGAGAAGCGGCUGCGGCGGGACCUGCGCAGGACCCGCGCCCUCCUGGCCGAUGUUCAGCUGCUGCUGGCGGCCCCAGCAGAGCCCGGAGGAAGCUCCCAGGAGCUGGAACACCUGCGCAGACAGCUGGAAGAGAGCGAAGCAAAGUGUGCAGAAGCCCAGCGAUCCCAGCAGACAGCAGCUCAGGAGCUGGAGAACCUGCACACGGAGCUGGAGACCCUCAGCAGAAACAAAACCCUGGUGGACGAGCAGCUGUUCCAGCUGCAGCAUGAGAGAGAUGACCUGCUGAAACGCAUCGAUGAGGACCAGGAAGACCUGAAUGAGCUCAUGGAAAAGCACAAGGCUCUGAUCGCCCAGUCAGCCACAGACAUCGCUCAGAUCCGGGAGCUGCAGACACAGGUGGAGGAUGUGCAGAAAGAAAAGCAGAGCCUUCAGGAGAAGCUGCAGGCAGCUCAGGCCAGGGUGGCACAGCUGGAGCAGUGCCCGGCCGAGCGCUCCAUCGUCAGCCGGCAGGAAGCGCGGAUCCGGGACCUGGAGAGCCAGCUGGACUUCCAGGCUGUGCAGAUGAAGCGCUUCGAGGUGCUGGUGCUGCGCCUGCGAGACAGCAUCAUCCAGAUGGGAGAGGAGCUGGAGAAGGCAGCUGAGUCAGAGGCACGGGAGAAGGAGAACACCAGGUACUACCAGAGGAGGAUGGAGGAGAUGAAAGCUGACAUGGACGAGCUGGUGCAGAGGGAGCUGGAGUCCAGCCGCCGGCGCAUGGAGCUGGAGCAGCAGCUGGCAGAGCUGGCAGAGGUGAGGCAGGUGCUGCAGGCUGACCUGGGCACCUCCAUCCGCCGCAUCGCAGACCUGCAGGUGGCCCUGGAGGGGCUGCGUGACAGCGACGACAGCGAUGCUGAAAGCGUGCGGACGGCGCGGGAGUCGCUGUGCUCCAGGAGAGACACGGAUGCCUGCUCCAGUGUUGGCUCCGUGCUCAGCCUGGAGCCCACAGAGAGCAUCAAGUCCUGGCCGAGUUCCUCCACAGGCUGGACGUCCCUGGCGAGUGCCAGCGUGGCCGGGAGCAUUUCAGCACCAUCCAUCGGCAGCCGCAGCACCCAGAGCCUCAGGGUGAGCAGAGACACCAAGGACCCCGCUCUGAGCCGGCCACUGUCCUCCCGGAGCGGAGAUCCAGGGAGGACAGCGAGUCCCCUGCUGGGGGCCAGAAGACGGGAAUAUGGAAAACCUCUGGGAGAAGAAGAGGAGAUGGAGAGCCCAAAGAACAGGAGAAGGCUCUCGGUGGCCUCGGGGCCGGUGCCCAGCUCUGCUGCCCUGUCCGAGUACGUGGAGGAGCUGCGGAGGCAGCGGGGAGCGGAACGGGAGCAGGGGCUGCCGGCACUGGGGGACACCUCUCCGCUCCCCAUUUACCGCACCACCGGCGCCGCGGCCCUGCGGCGCUCCAGGGCUGUCCCUGCGGCCGAGGAGCCCCCGGGGAGGCUGGAGGGGGAUCAGGCAGGGGAAGGAGACGGAGCAGGUGCCAGCCUCACACGUUCCUCCAGCAUGCGGAGCACGGCCUCGGAGCCGGCCGAGCCCCCGCGAUCCCCAGCGCUGAAAAAGGCAUCGAAAUUCGGCUCCUACGACUCGCUCCUGCCGGCCCUCGACGGCUCCGGCCGCCGGCCGAGCUCCCCGGCUGCCGGCAUGGAGGUGCCACGGCUGAGCUCCUGGAGGAGCUGCCUGGAGCCGUCGCUGGAGGAUGUGGAGCUGGGGAAGGAGCCGGAGGGAUUUCCGAGCUCCCUGUCCAGCGAUGGGCUGGGUGAUGGAAAGGGGAGCGACCCCUUCAGCUGGCGAAUACCCACCCUCAACUACGAGAGGAGAACCAAGGUUGACUUCGAUGAUUUCCUGCCGGCCAUCCGCAAAUCCCGCUCCACCAGCAGCCUGGCCAGAGCCCGCAGGGACAGGAGGGAUGGCCACCGGCCCCUCACCGUGCGCUUCGAGGAUGAGGCCAUAGCGGGCACUCUGGAGUCCUCUGACACCAAGGGCACGGCCAAGUGCAGCCCGGCUCCCCGGGAAGAACCCGGGGACCUCUCAGAUUCCUCCUCAUCCUCUGGUUCCCACCUCUCCUCCCGCAGCACCGACAGUGUCAAGCGCCGGCCGCAGCCCCCGAGAGGGGACGGGGAGGGCUCCAGUGGCAGAGCUGGCAGCCAGGGCAGCGGGAUGAGCCGCCGAGCCGAGGCCGAAGGGAAGGAGGAUGAUGUCAGCAGCAUCAUGAAGAAAUAUCUGGGCAAAGACUAA